GGGCUAGAAUCCUUUGAGGAGGCAGCUGUGUAUUUCACCAAAGUGGAGUGAGAUCUCUUCGAUCCAGGCUAAAGAGCUCUUCAAGAAAGCCAUGCCAGAGAAUUGUGGGAAUAUGGCCACUCCGGCAGGUGAUGAGCAAGACAGCAUGAAUUAUAGGAACCCACCAGUGGUGUCACUAGAAACAACCCAAGCUGAAGCCGGAACAGAGAUAUUUGGAAAUCAAAUGGAACAAAAGAGGCUCAAGGGAAACCAUUCAAAGAAUGUGAACAUGCCCAGCGCUUCUCAGGAUGCUGGCAUCCACAAACUUCUGGCCGCACAAGAUCAGAAAGGAAAGAGAAGCAAAGAUAUUCUAGUAGAGGACGAAAUAUUAAAAAAUGAACCAAUAUUAAAUGGACACUGCAGAAAACAAACAGUAGAGAAGCCGUAUAGAUGUAUGGAAUGUGGGAAAAGCUUCAGCGUGAGCAGUAGUCUUGCUACACAUCAAAGAACCCACACAGGCGAGAAACCAUAUACAUGCCUGGAGUGUGGGAAAAGCUUCAUUGACAGUGGGAGUCUUUGUGCACAUGCAAGAACCCACACAGGAGAAAAACCAUAUAAAUGCUUGGAAUGUGGUAAAUGCUUCAGUGUAAGUGGAAGUCUGGCUUCACAUCAAAGGACGCAUACAGGGGAGAAACCAUAUACAUGCCUGGAAUGUGGAAAAAGCUUCAGUGUGAGCGGUAGCCUUGCUUCACAUCAAAGAAUUCACACCGGGGAGAAGCCAUAUAAAUGCAUGGAGUGUGGAAAGAGCUUCACUGUAAGCAGUAGCCUUACUUUACAUUUAAGGACCCACACAGGGGAGAAACCAUAUGUAUGCAUGGAGUGUGGGAAAAGCUUUAACAAAAGUGGAAACCUUAAUACACACCGACAAACUCACAUGGGCGAAAAGCCAUAUAAAUGUUUGGAAUGUGGAAAGACCUUCAGUCAACAUCAACACCUCACUUCACACGUAAGAACCCACACAGGGGAAAAACCAUAUAAAUGUAUGGAGUGUGGAAUGAGCUUCAGUGAUGGUGGAAGUCUUACUGCUCACAAAAGAACCCACACAGGAGAAAAACCAUAUAAAUGCCUGGUAUGUGAAAAGACUUUCAGUCAGUGCGGAAACCUUACUGCACAUCAGAGAAUCCACACAGGAGAGAAACCGUAUCAAUGUAUGGAAUGUGGGAAAAGUUUCAGUGUGAGUGGAAGCCUUUCUGCACAUCAAAGAACCCACACAGGAGAGCAACCAUAUAAAUGUGUGGAGUGUGGAAGGAGCUUCAGCGUGAGCAGUAGUCUAACUUUACAUCAAAGAACUCACACAGGUGAGAAACCCUAUCAAUGUAAGGAGUGUGGGAAGAGGUUUAGCAAAAGCAGAAACCUUAAAAUACAUCAGAAAACCCACACAAUGAAGAAACCUGCCCUGUUGGUGUCCUUUGAAGCAGUGGCUGUGUAUUUCAGCAAGGGGGAGUGGGAUCUCCUGGGUCCAAGCCAAAGAGCUCUCUACAAGGAAGUCAUGCUGGAGAAUUAUGAGAGUGUCGCCUCUCCAGAAAUUCCUAAGCCAGUCCUCAUCUCCCGCCUGGAAGGAGGUGAAGAGCCAUUUGUCUGGAUCUGCGAGGAAGGAGAGAGAUUGGCAGGAGGUGAUCAGUACAACAGUGAAAACUCUAGUCAGCCAGCAGGAACAUGCAAGCAGAAAGCAGGGAAGGAGAUGCUUGGAAAUCCAUCAGGACAAAAGAGACCUGAGGGAAAUCAAUCAAAGAAUGGAAGGAAAGAGUCCUCUACUUUUCUGGGUGCUGGUGACCUUGAACUUCUGAACCCAGAAUAUCACCAAAGAAAGCAACCAAAAAAGUGUCCCAUCUUUGGGGAAAUGAUCAAAGAUAAAUCAGUACUGAAUAGAUACCACAGAACCCCCACAGGGGUGAAACUAUAUGAUUGCAUGAAGUGUGGGAAGAGCUUUAGAGAUAGGGGAACUCUCACUAGACACUGCAAAACCCACACAGGGGAGAAACCAUACAAGUGCAUGGAGUGUGGAAAGAGCUUUAGAGAUAGGGGUAGUCUUACUGAACACAAAAGAACUCAUACAGGGGAGAGACCAUAUAAAUGCUUGGAAUGUGGGAAAAGCUUCAGUGCGAAUGGAAACCUUAAAGCACAUAAAAGAAUCCACACGGGGGAGAAACCAUAUAAGUGCAUGGAGUGUGGGAAAAGCUUCAGAAACAGCGGAACUCUUAGUGAGCAUGAAAGAACUCACACAGGGGAGAAACCGUAUAAAUGCUUGGUAUGUGGGAAAAGCUUCAGCGUGAGUGGAAGCCUUAAAACACAUGAAAGAAAGCACACAGGAGAGAAACCAUACAUAUGUAUGGAAUGUGGAAAGAGCUUCCGUGACAGUGGGAAUCUUGUCAUACAUGCAAGAACCCACACAGGAAUGAGACCGUAUAAGUGCGAAGAGUGUGGAAAAAGUUUUAGUGUGAAUGGAAGUCUUACUAAACAUAAAAGAAUCCACACAGGCGAGAAACCAUAUAAAUGUAUGGCAUGUGGAAAGAGCUUCCGUGAUGGUGGAACUCUUAGAAAACAUGAAAGAACCCACAUGAAUGUAUCAAACCGAGCUGUGAUUCCUAGAGAGGCAGGAAGUUUUGGAACUGGGGGAAGACCGUCGCCGACGCACCUCCAUUUGGAUUUGGAGGAAAGAGGCUCGUCGUCGGGAAUCCCAGGCGAGAAGCGGCGGGCAGGAGACGAAAGAGGCGACGAGGUGCCACGCGGCGGGCGGCGAGCAAUGGCAUCAGAGGCCCAAUCUGGAUCAUCGCUUGCUGGAGCUGGAGUGGAAACUUCUGCCAGGGACCCAUCACAGCGGCUGGUGUCCUUUGAGGAGGUGGCUUUGUAUUUCAGCAAGGGGGAGUGGGAUCUCCUGGGCCCCUGCCAGAGAGCUCUCUACAAGGAAGUGAUGCUGGAAAAUUAUGCAAAUGUAAUGUUUCUGGCUAAUCAGUGGGACAAGAGUUACAGUGAGCCACUGGAAACAGGCCAGCAUAAAGCAGGAGAAGAAAUGUUUGGACUUCAAAGGGGGAAAAAUAGGCUAGAAAGAUACCAAUCAAAGAAUGGGAGGAAGAAUUUUUCUAUUUCUCAAGGUGCAGAUGACCAUGAAGUCCCAAACCCAGAAGACCACAAAAGAAAUCAACUGAAAAAGUGGAUAGUGUAUGGGGAAAUAUGCAAAGAUAAAUCUGCAUUAAAUAGACAUUUCAGAACCCGCACAGGGCAGAUCCUAUAUAAAUGCACAGAAUGUGGGAAGAGCUUCAACAAGAGAGGAAACUUCAUUGUACAUCAAAGAACCCACACAGGGGAGAAACCUUUUAAAUGCAUGGAGUGUGGGAAAAACCUCGGUGAUAGGAGAAGUCUCAUUGUACAUCAAAGAAUCCACACAGGAGAGAAACCGUAUGAAUGCCUGGAGUGUGGAAAGAGCUUCAGUGAUAGAAGAAGUCUUUUUGUACAUCAGAGAACCCACACAGGGGAGAAACCAUAUAAGUGCAUGGAGUGUGGAAAGAGCUUCACUGUGCAUCGUAGCCUUACUUCACAUCAAAGAACCCACACAGGGGAGAAACCAUAUCAGUGUAUGGAGUGUGGACACAGUUUUAUUGACAGAGGGUAUCUUGCUAGGCAUCAAAGAAGACACACAGGAGAGAAACCAUAUAAAUGUAUGGAAUGUGGAAAGAGCUUCAUUGAAAGGGGACAUCUUGCAAGGCAUCAAAGAAAUCACACGGGAGAGAAACCAUAUCAGUGCAUGGAGUGUGGAAAAAGCUUCAGUGAUUCACGAGCUUGUUCUAAACAUCAAAGAACCCACACAGGGGAGAAGCCAUAUCAAUGCAAGGAGUGUGGAAAAAGCUUUACUCAUAAUGGAAGCCUUAAUGUACAUUUGAGAACCCACACAGGGGAGAAACCAUAUGAAUGUGUGGUAUGUAGAAAGACCUUCACUCAGAGAGAUCACCUUAUUUCACAUCAGAGAACCCACACAGGAGAGAAACCCUAUAAAUGCUUGGUGUGUGGAAAUACCUUCACUCAGAGGAGUAACCUUAUUUCACAUCAAAGAACACACACAGGGGAGAAACCAUAUCAAUGCAUGGAGUGUGGAAAGAGCUUUAGUGAUAGGAGAAGUCUUACUGUGCAUCAAAACAGCCACACAGGGCAGAAACCACAUGAAUGCACGGAGUGUGAAAAGAGCUUCAGUGAUAGGAGAAGCCUUAUUGUACAUCAAAAAACUCACACGGGGGAAAAACCAUAUAAAUGUAUGGAGUGUGGAAAAGGUUUUUGUGAAAGAGUAUAUCUUGUUAGACAUGAAAGAAGGCACACAGGAGAGAAGCCGUAUGAAUGCUUGGCGUGCACAAAGACCUUCACACAGAAAGGUCACCUUAUUUCACACCAGAGAACCCACACAGGAGAGAAACCCUAUAAAUGUUUGGUGUGUGGAAAGGCCUUUACUCAGAGAAGUAACCUUAUUUCACAUCAAAGAAUACACAUAAGUGAGAAACCAUAAAAAUGCAUGGAAUGUCAGAACUCCAGCAAAAACAGAAACCUUACUAUAAUUCACAUAGCCCACAUAAGGAGGGAGAAACUUGCCCUAGUGCCAUUUUUCUUACCCAACUUAGCUAGCACUCAGUCAGGAUCAGGGGUAUAGCUGGUAUAAAAGCAGAAUCCACAGCACUGAUUCCAGAAAGGCACUGAUUCCAUGGAAGACCAAUUAGUACCAGGAACUGUAAGAGAACCUGAAACUUCGCCAAAAGUUCCCAAUAGCAUUGAAGGAAUUGGACAUUUUUUAAAAAAAAUAAAUCUUGUAUACAGUUCAAUUUGGGAA